CCGUUAGACCCGGGCGCAGGAGUCCUGAGCUAACGUGGACCAAUCAAGCUCCUAGGGAGGAUCCUCCGCUGGAAAGUAGGCGUGGCCUAGGAGGGAAAUCACCCGAAACGCAGGGGAGGUCCUUGCCCGGGAAAACGCCCUCUGCAGUGAAGAGAGACCACGCCGCCAUGCCUCCCACUUGGGCGCACGGAGCCCUCUUCCUCCUCCUGCCACCGCUGCUGCUGCGGGCCGGGCUGGCUGUGCCCCUGGAGCGGGGGGUGCCGGAGAAGGAGAGCCCCGCGACCGAGAGCCCGGACACGGGCCUCUACUACCACCGGUACCUACAGGAGGUCAUCAACGUGCUGGAGACAGACGGGCACUUCCGGGAGAAGCUGCAGGCUGCCAACGCCGAGGAUAUCAAGAGUGGGAAACUGAGCCGAGAACUGGACUUCGUCAGCCACCAUGUCCGCACCAAGCUGGAUGAGCUCAAGCGACAGGAGGUGUCACGGCUGCGGAUGCUGCUCAAAGCCAAGAUGGAUGCAGAACAGGAGACCAAUGUGCAAGUGGAUCACCUAAAUCUUCUGAAGCAGUUUGAACACCUGGACCCACAGAACCAGCACACAUUUGAGGCCCGAGACCUGGAGCUGCUCAUCCAGACGGCCACCCGGGACCUUGCACAGUAUGAUGCUGCCCAUCAUGAGGAAUUCAAACGCUACGAGAUGCUCAAGGAACAUGAGAGACGCCGUUACCUAGAGUCACUGGGUGAGGAACAGCGGAAAGAGGCAGAGAGGAAGCUGGAAGAGCAACAGCGCCGGCACCGGGAGCACCCCAAAGUCAAUGUGCCUGGCAGCCAAGCCCAGUUGAAGGAGGUAUGGGAGGAACUGGACGGAUUAGACCCCAACAGGUUUAACCCCAAGACCUUCUUCAUACUGCAUGACAUCAACAGUGAUGGCGUCCUGGAUGAGCAGGAGCUAGAGGCCCUCUUCACGAAGGAGCUGGAGAAGGUGUACGACCCAAAGAACGAGGAGGAUGACAUGCGGGAGAUGGAGGAGGAGCGCCUGCGCAUGCGGGAGCACGUGAUGAAGAAUGUGGACACAAACCAGGACCGGCUAGUGACCCUGGAGGAGUUCCUUGCGUCCACACAGAGGAAGGAAUAUGGGGACACUGGGGAGGGAUGGGAGACAGUGGAAAUGCACCCAGCCUACACAGAGGAAGAGCUGAGGCGUUUUGAGGAGGAGCUGGCCGCCCGGGAGGCAGAGCUGAAUGCCAAGGCCCAGCGCCUCAGCCAGGAGACAGAGGCCUUAGGGCGGUCUCAGGGCCGCCUGGAAGCCCAGAAGAGAGAGCUGCAGCAGGCCGUUCUGCACAUGGAGCAAAGGAAGCAGGAGCAGGAGGCCCGUAACGCACCCCCUGCCAGCCCUGAAGGAGAGCUCAAGUUCCACCCCGACACAGGUGAUGUCCCUGUCCCAGCUCCAGCUGGUGACCAGAAGGAUGUUGAUACUUCUGAAAAGAAGAUUCCUGAACAGCCUCCUGAGGUGCCCCAGCUGGAUUCUCAGCACCUAUGAUCCUCCAGGAACCCCAGCCCUCCUCAUUCCUACAGUGACAGCUGACAGGAGCUGGAGGAAGUCUCUCAGCCAGCCUUCUCCAGGGUCAGCAGCACACGACCUCCAAGAGGAGGGGGACAGGGUAGCGUUUCAUGCAUUGCUUCUCAGGCCCUGUAUACGACCAUAUUGCAGGUCUCAGCUUUCCUAGCUUCUGAGUCUGUGGUUCUUUCUUCCUGUCCCUUCCCUGGGGCCUGCCUUCUCUCAUGUCCAAUCAGGUACCCACUGGGUCAGCUUAAUUUGGGGAUGCCCCUGCUUGCUCUCAGGAGCACCAGCUCUGUGCCUGCCUUCCCAGAGGGUUUGGCCUCAGCUGCCCCUGGUUGAGGUUGCUCAGGCUUCUUGUGUCCCCACAGCUGCCUGGAAUCCUGCCUGCUGCUCUGGGCCCAGCUUCUUCUGGUUUAUGGGAACUUAGAUGGUCCUGCAAGACCUUGUCCUACUUUUGGUGGGACCAGUGAUGCCUCAGUGUCCUUUCUGUGGCUGAAUGCUGAGGGACAGGAGGGCUCUCAGCAUAGCUGGUUAGCUCUGCUACCUGGAGUCUGGACUCUCCCUGGACCCCUGGCUUCCAGCCACCUCUUGGCCCCCAGCCCCACCCCACACUGCCCUGGGAGG